ACCCCUCCUCGCUUUCCCGCUUCGGCCGCGAUGAUGGAGGAGCUUGAGCUGCUGUUGGAGAAUAUCGAGGAGCUGGUGGCGGAUGAGAACCGGAUCGUGAGCGGGGGCAGGGUCACCUACAAGAUGCUGAGCCAGUUCCUGGGCAUUCAUGUCAACCAGGCAAAACAAAUGCUUUAUUACUACGUGGAGCGAAAGCGGAAAGAAAAUUCUGGAGCCCAGCUCCAUGUGACGUAUCUCGUGUCAGGGAAAGCAGUCGAAAAUGGAAUAUCGUGUCACAAGGUAGCAGUGGUGAGAGAAGAUCAGCUGGAAGCAAUGAAAGUGAAGAUGCUGGUGACUGCUAGUGUCCACGUUUACAGCAUUCAGAAAGCAAUGUUGAAGGAUAGCAGCCCCCUGUUUAACACUGAUUAUGAAGCAAUCAAGGAAAAUCUUCAGAACAGCAAUAAGUACAGUGCUAUUCAAUGUGCUGGUGCUGUUCCUCGGUCAGCAGAGGAGAUGGCUCGACUGCAGAAGUCAGUGCAACAGUCCUCUUGGUGUUCAAAUGAGAUGGACAGCAGCAGCAAACCUGUCGUUAAUGGCAACUUGCGCACGGCCCCUAAAAAUGUUCCUCAGCAGCCCAAGGGAAUCAUGGGGAUGUUCUCUGCCAAAUCCACUGCCAAGACACAAGAUAAAGAGGUGAAAGGGGAGCCUGUCGUGGUCAAAGACACAGAAACUGCUGCACCCUCAGGGACUAAAACAACAAACAAAGGGAACAGCUUCACCAACUUUUUUCUGAAAGCCAGUGCUAAGAAAGGUUCAUCUCCAUUCAGUCAAGCCACCGAGGAAGAAGACUUUCCAGCCAAAUCCACUCAGGAAAACCCAGAGAAAGGAGACACCCCUUCAGUUGAAGAUAGCACUGUCAAACCUGUAUCAGACAGCGACAGAGGGGGAGAUGGAGAAAGAUCCCCCACAAGCAUGGCUUCAGCACAGAAGUCACAAGCAAAUCAGGAGAAAAUCCAGACAAAGAAGGACAUAGCGAACAAACAACAAAAAGAUGGACAAAGUAGCAAGAAAACCAAGCGCAAUGUUCCAUUUACCAGUGAGGAGCAGGAGCCUUGUAAUAAACGGAGGAGGAGGAUCAGACAGCCUCAGUCAGACAGUAGUGAUGAUGAAGUAAUCCCAGACUCCCCUGAAGCUUGUACUAUAAGGACUCCAUCCCCAUCCCCUGAAGAACCAACUAGGGAAGAGGAUACAUCACUUCAGUGUCUUGCAGACAUUGAGAUUAAGCCACAACGUUGGGAAAAUGCAGAUGGAUCUGAGAAAGCAGUGGGAGUGAAACGUAGGAAACGGCGACGAGUUCUCAAAUCCAAGAUGUUUCUGGAUGAAGAGGGUGCUAUGGUGACAGAAAAAGUUUAUCAGAGUGAGUCGUGCACUGACAGCGAGGAUGAGUUUGUGGCAAAGCAACAAGAGUCGAAGAAUCUCUUGGGACCCAAACCUACCACCACAAAGUGCACAUUGGGAAGCAAAGACCAGCUAAAGGAGCACAAAGAUAAGAAAGCAUCAGCCUCCAGUAGGGCAGGCAGGCAGGCGUCCAUCAUGGGAUUCUUCAAAAAGGCUGUUUAGGAGCACCUUCCAUCUGGUCUCAUGCUGACCCAAGCUGAAUCAACCAGAAUUGCAUAUGCGUCAACAGUCAUCAUGGACAGACAUUGAGAUCCAAACCAAAGUCUGAAAAGCUAACCAUUGGCUCUCGGUUUAUUUGAAACAAGCUAUAAACAAAAAGAAAACUUGGUGCUGGACAAGUCAGGUAUUGAGGAAGAUCACCCUUAACUGAGCAGCUCACAUACCUCGAGUGGCACUCAAUUUGGAGUGAAGUUACCUCUAGAGACAACUUCUCAUUGCACACUUAAACAUUGUAUAUUACUGUCCAGAGUCUUUAUGCUCUGUCACUGCUUUGGGAAUAAUCUUCAAAACUUUAUUCUAUAUGAUACCACUACUUGGUAUUUCAAUGGGAUGACAUUGACUAACUGGAUCUCUUCAAUUCUCUGAAGUGAUAAUCACUAAUAGUGUUUCAAAUAGGAGCCUUUGCGUGUGAUAGUGACAGGACCAUGGGGUUGGGUUUUAACCAUCGCCCUGGCUGAGUCUGUUUCAGCAGAGUGUGUUUAAAAAUUGAUUGUAAUCAAAAACAGAAGAGGAAAAAAGGCCUGGUUGUUUGUUUUUGAAAAGCAACUUUUGUGAACAAUUUCAGGUGAGUUGAGGUUUUGACAUUUGGGAGGAUAAGCUUCUUUACUCUGUAUGCUGCCUCGGCCUCUACUGUUACAAGUGUUAUUGAUGUACAUUGCUGCCUUGUACUCGUUUUGUGUCCUGGUGAAAUAUCUCAAUAGUCCUGUAAAGUCCUCUGAGCAGGUUAAGGGAUUUUAAGCAACUUUCCUGUAGUGCUACUGUUGUCCCCAUCAUGUUCAACGCUGGGAACAGUUUGAUAGUUUCACAACAAUCCAUGAUUAACUUUCCUGCCUCACCCUCUGUGACCAGGGAAAUGUCUAUAGACUUUAGAGGGCAUUACAGUGUUGUUUGCACAUUUUCCACAAGUCACUGGACAGUGAACAUGAGCACAACACAAUUAAUUUAGUUUCAUUUUCCUUAAUUUGGCGCUAAACCCAGCAUACUUAUUGCCCCGGGUAAUAUAAGCCAUGCCUUCCCACUCUGAUUCUGAUAUGUAACCUGGUCUAUGUAGCUCCUACAUUUGCACCAGAUGAUUACAUUUCUUUACUGAGAUUACCCCCAGCCCAUAUCCCAAGUGAGCUCUAAGGAAUGCUUUCAAUGACUGUUUGUCUGCCAUUGUCUAAAUACAACCUCUGAGACAGGACGUUAAGUUUGCAUUUUCAUUUUACGGUCUGCAUUAAAGAAGUUUAUCCUAACUCUCAACCAGUUCUGUUCAGUUCAACUUUGGGAUCGGGUACACUUAAACUGGUAUUCUUGAGAAGUCUUAAUCCAUAAACGAUAAUGGGAAUUGUGGAGACUGGCAGAGGCCCUGACAAGGUGCAUAUUUGUAAAUGAACAGUGCUGGGGGAGUAUCUCAUCAUUUAUUGUGAUCCUCCAGGCCUAGGUGUAAACUGACAGUGCCUAAAGUUUAUCAAGUUCUCAAUAUCAUGAUAUUUGUGCGAAUAUCCUGCUUUGCAGUGUAGGAACACAGGACACAUGUCCUUCCACAUACUGAUUUAAUUAUUAGUCUGAACUGUCCAAUGCCAGAUUUUUGACAUUUUUAAAUUUCUUCAAUUAAAAUUGUAUUCAUACUAUGUGUCUUUUUCCAGCACAGAAAGCACUGCUUACUACCCCUAGCCAGUUGCAAUUCUGAGGACUGUGAGGAGACGGUUUCUGUGGGAGAAUUCAUUGAUAUAAGAAUUCACAAUCAUGAAGGGGAUUGUCAAUGCAAGAUGCAUGCAAGUUCCAGACAUAAUCUCAUUCGUAUUUCAGGCCUUGUAAAUGGAACUGGGCUAGCCUGGGUGGGGUGGGGGUAGGUGUUGAAGAAUAGGGAGGUAGGUGGAUAGGUGGGUUGGAUGAGUUCUAGAUUUGAGUAACUCAAUUAACAGUUUUCUGUUUUAAAGUUUAUCAUACAUGAAUAAAAGUUCUCUUAAGUAAUCCAUUUCAAAUUAUCUAGUGUAUACCUGCGCAGCAGAAGGUCUUCACUCAAAAGCACUGGAGACAGGCAAUGGUAAUGUCAAUUGGUUGGUAAUCCAGGGUCCUAAGCUAAAGUGGAAUGUGGAUUCAAAUACCUUGGCAGAUGGUGAAAUUUGAGUUUAAUUUUUAAAAGCCUGUAAUUAAAAAUGAGUAGUUGAUGAAGAGUGUAAA